UCACCUGCAAAGGAAGCAAGGAAGCGCCCUUCUCUUCCUUCAGAGGAACCAGUGUCCCCGGGAUCUUGGUAGAAAUUAUCUGUGACUCCACCCACUCACCCGGCCGCUGCCGCCCUGAGCUGUCAGGAGUCUGGAGAAGAUGAAGGUGUCCCUGGUUCUCGCCCUCCUUGGCUACCUGAUGGUUCCAAGUGAUGCUGCCAUCUUGGGGCGCUGCGUGGUGGCAAAGCGGCUUAAGGACGGAGGCCUGAGUGAUUUUGAGGGCUAUAGCCUUGAAAACUGGGUGUGCCUGGCUUACUUUGAGAGCAAGUUCAACCCUGAGGCUGUCUACGAGAAUGUGCAUGAGGCCUACAUGGGCUUCGGCCUCUUUCAGAUUCGCAACAAUGAUUGGUGCGACAGGGGCAGGAACCUCUGCCACGUGUCCUGUUCUGAUUUAUUGGAUCCAUAUUUAAAGAAGACCAUUGAAUGUGCCAAGAAAGUUGUAAAAGAAAAAGAAGGGAUGGGAGCAUGGUAAGGGGUAGUCUUU